AUAACACAAUGUUAAUAAUCACAUAUUUUGUUAUCAGCGGGUGCUUUUGAAUCAUGUGGGCGCGCGCGCCUAAUUAUAAUUUCAAAACAAACUCAAACGACACGAAAUUAAAGACACUGAUUAAUUAUUGUGUGACGUGCGUAGUUGGCGUUGAUAAAAAGGCUUUGUAUCCUAUACACACACAUAUGAAUAUAUACAUACUCACACACGUAUGUACCAUAUGUGUGCCUUUUGCUAUGUAAACAUUUCGACGGCUCAAGCGCUUAGCAACUCAAUUCAACCCCCACCCCCAGUUCCCGCCUGCGCCUUGAUAGUGCCUCUGCACUUGCACUGAAAUAAUCAAUAAAGCAACAGCAGCGGCUGCAACAACAACAACAAAGACAAGAUGUGGGCUAGUGAUAAGCAACAACAAUAGAGGGCAGCCCCGUGGCCAUAUACCCAGACUCAGCUCUAAACAAGACACACAAAGCUCUAAACUUCUCAUCCCAAGGCAUUAGCAAACAAAAAGUCAACACAAAUAAAAACAUAAAACCUAAAAAUUUGCCUGAAAAUGUCGCGGGAGGAACGUUUGCCAAUUGUGGAUACAGCAAGCAGCAGUGGUGAGGAUGAGGCAAGACCUGUGGUGCGUAGGCGCAGCACACGGGACACUGAAUCGGCCGUGGCCAAGGAUCAGGGCUGUUGUGUCCCCACCAGCAAGCCCCAUCGUUUCCUAGCACUAAUAUUUAUGUGCCUGUUGGGAUUUGGUUCCUAUUUUUGCUAUGAUAAUCCGGGUGCACUACAGGAUGUGUUUCAGAAGGAACUUAAUCUGAACACCACCGAGUUUACCUUGAUCUAUUCUAUCUAUUCAUGGCCCAAUAUUGUGCUCUGCUUUGUGGGUGGCUUUCUGGUCGAUCGUGUUUUUGGUAUACGCAUGGGUGCAAUUAUUUACAUGCUGAUUGUAUUGCUUGGUCAAUUGGUAUUUGCCACUGGCGGAGUGCUGGGUCACUAUUGGCUAAUGAUUGUUGGUCGCUUUAUGUUUGGCAUCGGCGCCGAAUCCCUGGCUGUCGCCCAGAAUAGCUAUGCUGUGCUGUGGUUCAAGGGCAAGGAGCUGAACAUGGUGUUUGGUCUGCAGCUGUCUGUGGCACGCUUUGGCAGCACCGUCAACUUUUGGAUAAUGCAACCGCUCUACAAUUAUGUAUCCGAAUUCUACGCUGGAUACACGGGCUUGGGCGUUACGCUGUAUCUGGCCGCGAUCACCUGUGUGAUGUCAUUGUUGUGCACACUUAUUUUGGGCUGGAUGGAUAAGCGCGCCGAACGCAUAUUAAAGCGCAACAUCAAUCCGGGCGGCGAUGUAGCCAAGCUCAGCGAUAUAACAACAUUCCGGCUUGACUUCUGGAUGGUAUCGGUCGUCUGCGUGGCCUAUUAUGUGGCCAUAUUUCCGUUCGUUGCGCUCGGCCAGGAGUUUUUCGUAUCCACCUUCCACCUGACGCCCGAACAGGCAAAUACGGUCAAUUCGAUUGUGUACUUGAUCUCAGCCAUUGCAUCGCCUGUGUUUGGCUUUAUAAUAGAUCGCCUGGGUCGCAAUGUUAGUUGGGUAUUUGUAGCAACAGUGUCAACAAUUGUCGCUCAUGUGCUGCUCACAUUUACCCAAAUUAAUCCGUACAUUGGCAUGUCAAUCAUGGGUCUGUCCUAUUCAAUGCUAGCUGCCAGUCUGUGGCCUAUGGUAGCGCUAAUCGUGCCCGAAUAUCAGCUGGGCACUGCCUAUGGCUUUUGCCAAUCGGUGCAAAAUCUGGGCCUUGCGGUGGUCACCAUUGUCGCUGGAGUAAUCGUGGACAAUAGCGGCGGCAGCCACUUCUGGCUGCAGCUCUUCUUUAUACUGUUCCUAUUGAUUUCCCUGUUGGCUACAUGCGUUAUCUGGACCUACGAUCGCAAGCAUCAGGGCAAUCUGAAUAUGUCGCCGGCACAGCGUGCCACCUAUCAUACUUCCAUCUUAACACAGCGCGGCACUACGGAUCGACGGCCUCUAUUGGGCAACUAAAUACAUACAUAUAUUUAUAUAUAUAAAAACACAUAUAUAAAUAUUAAAUAUAGAUAAAUAUACACUAUAUAUGAUUAACCAAUGUGAUGUUGUUAGCCAUCUAUAAAUGUAUCUAACUACGGUCUAUGUGUUUGGCACAAUUCCUCCAAUACUAAUCGCACAAAUUACUAUUCGACUUACGAUUCAAUAACGAUCCCCCCACUUUCCUAACAUAUCAAGAAACUAUUGUUAUAAUUGUGAUUGCGAUUUUGUUGUAAUUUAUGUAUAAAUGUAUUAUGUGCCAGUUGCCAAAGAUAAAUUAUAAAUAAAAAUA